AUGAUUCGCCUCUCAAAAAACGUCACUGCAUUUUCUCUCGUCAACCUCUCUAUGACUCUCCACUCAGCAAACCUCACUGUGCCUUUCCUCUCUCCAAACCUCUCUAUGACUCCCCACUCAGCAAACCUCACUGUCUUUCCUCUCUCUAAACCUCUCUAUGAUUAUCCUCUCUACAAACCUCACUGUGCGUUUCAUCUCUCCAAAUCCCUCUAUGACUCUCCACUCAUCAAACUUUACUGUGUCUUUCCUCUCUCCAAACCUCUCUAUGAUUAUCCUCUCAACAAAACAUACCGUGCCUUUCCUCUCUCCAAACCUCUCUAUGACAACAAACUUCUCAGUGCCUUUCCUUCUCUCCAAACCUCUCUGCUCUUCUCUCUUACCAACUUACUCCCCAUUCGAUUAUCUUUUGGAAAAACUUCGUGUUCCCCCUUAACCUGUCUUUCAUAUUUUUUGUCGAAGUCUCUUUUUAAUAACCCUUCACCUUCGACCUUUUGUUUCAAUCUUUCUACAUUCUUUCGUAUACCGUCAUCUAUCGUUUUUGCCUUAAAACGCCCUGUUUCACUCAAUCUUUUUUUUUAUAUCUUUCUUCUUCACUUCUAUCGAGUCAAUCAAGAGCAAUUACCCCUGCUUUUCUUCUCUGUGGCCCUACCUUUUCCCCCCCUCAGACCUUCUAUUAUUGAUCUUUCUCUCUUUUUUCACUUCUUUCUUCACAUUCAGCCACGUUUUCGCUCACAAAUCCGCCAUCUUUACUCCUCGUUUUCGCUCGCAAAUCUGACAUCAUUAUCGUUCCUUUUAAUUUCUUUCUUCCUCGAAAGCUUUCUAACUUUUUACUAUCUUCUCUCUUCUUUUCUUUUAGACUGUUUUCCACUCUUAACUUCUAUUAUUGCUCUCUCUCUCUCUCUUUUAAAAUCAUUCUUUAUUUUCCUCUUUUCACUUUUCUUUAAAUUCAGCCUCGUUUUCGCUCGCAAAUCUGACAUCAUUAUCGUUCCUUUUAAUUUCUUUCUUCCUCGAAAGCUUUCUAACUUUUUACUAUCUUCUCUCUUCUUUUCUUUUAGACUUAUCCUCUCUCUUUUUUCUUUUCUUUUAGACCUUUUUCCACUCAGACCUUCUGUUAAUGGUCUCUUUCUCUCUUUCUUAAAUUCUCUCUUUAUUUUCCUCUUUUCGCUUCUUUAUUUUGCAUUCAGCCUCACUUUUCCCUCUUUGACGUGCCAUUAUUGUUCUCUCUCUCUCCCUAUCUAUCUAUCUAUCUAUCUAUCUAUCUAUCUAUCUAUCCUCAAUAGAUUUCUUCUUCUUCUUCUUCUUCUUCUUCUUCUUCUUUUCUACGUACCAUUCUCUACCAUCUUCACUCCUUUCUUUCUUUGCAUUCUUUACGAAAAGGUUUUUCCCGCCACUCCGUUUUCCCGCGCUUAUUCUCAUUCUUCAAUAUCUAAUAUCCGGUACCAACGUCCCUGGCGGCCAACAAGGAGAGCAACGAGAAGAGAAUCCGCACUGACCAACAGAUACGAAUGUCCAGAAGUCAUUGUAGGCAAUAAAAGACGCUGUGAAAAUGUCGUUGUUUACCACUCCAGUUGGUUGGUUGCAUGUGCUGCGGGCUUUGUACUGGAUUUUACGCUUUUUUCAUUUGCUUUUAUUUUCCUUUCUUUCAUCUUCCUCUCCCUUUUCCUUAAUACCUUAUUUUGUAACUCUUCAUUUACAAUCUUUCUUUCUUUUUUUCUUUCUUUCUUUACACACAACUUCUUUCUCUCUUUCUUUUUGCUUUCGUUACAUAUCCAUUUCGUUACAUAUCCAUUUUAUUUGAUUCUUUCUUUCUUUCUUUCGUUCUUUCUUUCUUUCGUUCUUUCUUUCUUUCUUUCUAUACGCAUCUUUCUUUUUCUUUCGUUACACAUCCAUUUCUUCGUACUUUCUUUCUUUUCCUUUCCAUAUCACUUUUUCUGUUUUUCAUGCUUUACACAUUUCUUUCUUUCUUUCUUUCUUUCUUUCUUUCUUUCUUUCUUUCUUUCCACAUCUCUCAUUUCUUUCUACAUCUCUUCUUUCUUUUUCUUAAUUUUCAUCUUCUUUCAUUCGGUUCUUUUUCUUUAUUCUUCACCUUUCUUUUUCUUUUAUUUAUACCUUUCUCUCCCUUCAUCUUCGAUCUUUCUUUCUUUCUUUCUUUCUUUCUUUCUUUCUUUCUUUCUUUCUUUCUUUCUUUCUUUCUUUCCUCUAAGUGUCUUUCUUUCUGCUACGUGUUUAUUUUUUUUCUUUCUUCUAGGUGACUUUCUUUCUUUCUUUCUUUCUUUCUUUCUUUCUUUCUUUCUUUCUUUCUUUCUUCUAACCCUAAGUUUUUAUUUCUCUUCUUCGUUCUUUCUUUUUUCUUUCUUUCUUCUAAACGUCUGUUUUUCUUUCUUUCUUUCUUUCUUUCUUUCUUUCUUUCUUUCUUUCUUUCUUCUAAACAAGGGUUUACAACAAUACUUUCUUUCUUUCUUUCUUUCUUUCUUUUUCUUUCUAUCUUUCUUUCUUUCUUUCUUUCUUUCUUUCUUUCUUUCUUCACACUAUCCUUCUUUUGAUUGUUUCUUUUUUAUUUAUACAACACUUCUUUCUUUCUUUUCAUUUUCUUUUAAUUUUCGUUAUACUAUCAUUUUUUUCUUUAUUAUAAAAUCCUUUCUUUCUUUCUUUCUUUCUUUCUUUCUUUCUUUCUUUCUUUCUUUCUUUCUUUCUUUCAUUCUUUCUUUCUUUCUUUCUUUGCAUUAUCCUUACCCUAACCCUAACCCUUUCGUUCAUAUUUUACACAAUCCUUUCUUUCUUUCUUUCUUUCUUUCUUUCUUUCUUUCUUUCUUUCUUUCUUUCUUUACAUAA